AUGUCUGUGGGCCGGACUUUGGACACCCCUGCACUAGCAGGUCCUGAAUGUUUGACAACUUGCAGUCUGUAUCAGUCUCACACAGGCAGUGAGUCGUCCUCCAACAGCAGAAAGGAGAUGUUGCCCAAGCCCAUCACCAUAGUGACUCGCGAGUCCUCCUCCACUUGUUUUGUCCGCUCUGCAGCAGAGGAGUUUGGGUAUGGGGAAGGGCAUGCUGUCACUACUCAGACCCCUGUCCAGGUCCAUAGGCGGUCCUGCCAGCACCAGCUUUCUCAAGUAUCAGCUGUGUUGAACCCUCCAGACCCUCCGCCCCCUCCUCCUGCUCCCCCAACCUCCCCUCUGGCACCCCCAGCCUCUUCACCCUUGUCCCCACUUUCCCCUACUAUGUCCUUGCUGGAGGAAGGUGACUUACGCAGUAUUGAUCCAUGCAAGGAUUUAUGGGGCUCACGGGGUUAUGAGGACUACCGCCGUGCUGGGACCACACGGACCAAAGUUGGGGGUCUGACAGGUGGAGUCAUGGUAGGAAGUGGGACAGACAAGUCAGAGCUGUGUGUGGUGCACUUUGAGAAAGAACUGGCAGGUGUGGGUACUACAGGCUGUGAGGUUACUGUUGUGCUGGACACCAAAGGCUCUCGGCGCCACUCUUCCUCACCCACUUGUAUGCCUAAUGCCAUGUCUGGAGCAUCUCCAGCAAGCGGCUCCCCACAGGAGACGGGAAAAAGCUCACCCUCGCCAUGCUGCAUUCAUACUUCACUUGCCACACCCCGCUCUCGGACUCGCAAGAGAGGGGGCAGUGGGACCAGUGGGGGUGGAGAUGCCAUCUCACCUGAUGAUGACAGCCCAUGUCCACAAGGCUCAACCUCCUGUUCAUCACGCUGUGUGUACUGUCGCUCGGUGUUUAGUGCCUCGGAAAAUGGACGUGGCCGCUGCCGGGAUGCUCCGGAUCCAGCUCUACACUGCCUACGCCAGUGGACAUGUGUAUGGUGUGCUGAAAGCCUGCUCUACCACUGCAUGUCGGACUCUGAAGGUGAGUUCUGGGAGCCAUGUUCAUGUGAAGACUCGCUAGGCCGUAGGCCACACCCUCUAUGCUGUGCCGGCUGGAUGGCACUGCUGGCACUGUCACUCUUUGUGCCCUGCAUGUGUUGCUACCUGCCUCUGCGAGCAUGCCUACGCUGUGGGGAGAGAUGCGGCUGCUGUGGUGGAAAGCACAAGGCUGUGCGGUGA